UUUGGAGGAAGAGCAGAGCAAACAUCUGUGGUUUCCAACUCUUAUGAGCCACCAGCACUUUCUUCACCGCUCUCCUCUGGACCUCUGGCUAGUCUGAGCUGCUCGGACUGUUCGGACAUACGCAACACACGCACACACGCACACAAGCGUGCUCUCUCCUGUCUUUGCGUGCAUCCUGGUCGGUCACCUGCACUCCUGUCACAGCAUGCAGCUCCUGGUGGUGUUAGCAGCUCUCAUGGGGGUUCUGUUCAGCGUUAGAGCAGCUGCCGUGCUUCCUGUGGAGGAUAGGAGCCCCGUCCACGUGAGCAGGGAGCUGAGCAAAGAGCGCAAAGAACUGAUCCUGAAGCUGGUGUCCGGCUUGCUGGACGGAGCGCUGGACACCAACAUGCUGCCAGGGGAGGCGGCACCUGUGGAUCUGGAGGAGCCGCUGGAGUCUCGUCUGGAGGAGAGGGCUGUCUACAACAGGCUAUCGCUGCCUCAGCGCGACCGCAAAGCCCCCUGUAAAAACUUCUUCUGGAAAACUUUCACCUCCUGCUAACAGCGCCGCCACCCCCAGCCUCACAGAAAAAGAAAAAAAAAGAAAAGAAAAACGCUCGACAACGGCUCUGGCUGCCUCCUGUACUACUCCGUCCCUCCCGGCUCUACAUGAACUGUAGUAGAUCUCAGCUGUACAUAUCAUCAUAUCUACACCUGUCAGACAUGCAGCAUCGAUGGACUCCACUGAGACAGUGUGUUGGUUGAAAUAUUAAUUAUUUAUGUACCUAUUUAUGUAUACAAUGUAUGUAUUUAUGUAUGUAACAGUUUCUUUCAGGGUCCACAAUAAAGCAUGGAUAUAAUAUUUGA